AUGGCAGAUUCAUCCAGUGAUUCAGACAACUUUCUUAGGGGUCGAAUAGGAAGGCGGCCACCUUUGAGAGCAUCCCACAACAGAGCUCGGAACUAUGGUGCUGAAGAAGUUACAGAGAAGAUCCAUACUUUAGCAAGCACUUUACAGGAUACCAACAGAAAUCUAAGAUAUGUUGACCGUUUGCUAGGACAAUACAGAGAAUACAACAAGGAACAAACCGAAGCAAUAGCAACUUUAAAAGAAACACUGGAACAGUCUAUAGGUCAAUUAAGGAGCCAACGAUUAACCCGAAACUCUGGAAUGAGAAGUGCUUCUCUCUCAAGCUUAUACCCUAGUGAUCUGGAUGGAGAAGGAGUGUCAGGGAAGCGCCACUUCCUGCCUACUUCUACUCUCAGGGAUUAUGGAGACUCACAGGGCAAUAAACAUCGAAGGUCUAGAUCUGCAAGUGUUCGAUUUGUCAAUGAGGCAGAUAAUUUGGACCAGCUGCAUUCUUUCCACCAGUCUCUUCGAGAUCUCAGUAGUGAACAAGUUCGCCUAGGAGAUGACAUCAGUCGUGAACUUUCAAGAAGAAAUCGAACUGAUGCUGAAUUAAGAAAGACGCUAGAAGAAUUGUCUGAAAAGCUCACGGAGUCCCAAAGACAAGAAACGGUAUCAGAACGGGUAGAGAGAAGACUUCAGGAGAUAGAACAAGAAAUGCGUGCUGAAAGACAGCUUGUAGAAAGGCGCCAGGACCAACUGGGACAUAUGUCUCUUCAAUUACAAGAGGCUUUAAGGAAGCAAGAUGCUAAAGCAGAUGAAACAGAAGAACUCAUGAAAAAUAAACUUGUGAAAUAUGAAAGUGAAAAGAACCAACUUGAGCAGGAAUUGGAGCAGUCCCGGAAAAAGUUGAAUGAAUCAGAAGGCAGUAGAGAAGCUCUUUUGCAUCAGAUUGAGGAUCUUCGUUCCCAACUUUUGAGAGCAGAAGAUGACCGUGUAGAGUUGCAACAUCAAAUUUCACAUGUUGCUAUGCACCGCCAGAGCUACCAGGAUGUACAAGAUGAUGAAAGGAGAAUUAAAACAGUAGCUGAAAGAUAUGAGAGAGAGAAGCAAGAACUGGAGAAACAUAUUUUAGAGCUUAAAGCAAAGCUGAGUCAUAAUGCUGUAAUGUCAGAGGUAGAACAACUAAAGAGAUGCAUAGAGCGUAAGGACAAGGAGAAAGCACAGCUUGUAAUGCACAUACAGGUGUUAACAUCUGACCUGGAAAACAGGGAGAAGCAGCAGGAAAAAAUGCUGGACCAGCUAAAGGAGAUACAGAGUUGCUACAAGGCUUGUGAGAACGGACGUAGACAAACUGAACUCCAGUCUGCUGAGUUAGCUCAACAGGUUGAAGAGAGUACCAAGGAAGCAGAACGGUACCUUACUGAAUUCAAGCAUUCAGAGGCACUCAGGCUGGAGACUGAGAAAAAAAGUGAAGAUUUGAAGGUGAGAGCACAGGAAACCAUCCGCCAAUGGAAGCUGAAAUGUAAGAAACUAGAUCGUGAGGUGGAAAAACAAAAUGAAACUAUCAACCAACUGACGGCCAAGAACAGUCAGGCCCUCAAGGAAAAGGAUGACCUCAGAAGUCAACUUCUCUCUGCUAUACACCAAAUAGAAAACCUUCGGAAAGAGCUGAAUGAUGUGCUCACAAAGAGAGCCCAGCAGGAAGAACUCCUCCACUGCAAAGAGGUAAAACUGACUGAAAUGAAGUCUCACCAGGUAUCUCUUGAAGAAGAGAUCAAAGAAGUUCAAGGUACUGUAAAUAAACUGGAGAAUGAGUUGAAAAAGCAAGUCUUUUUACAAAAUCAAAUGCAAGCUGAAAAGGAACACUUGGAGACAGAACUUGCAACUAGUAACUUGAUCCAUAAAAAAGACCAAGAAAGACUCUUAGAAAUGCAAGCAGAUGUAAAAAACUUAAGCUCUGUACGUGUGGAACUAACAAACAGAAUAGCAGAAGAGGAGAAAGUCAAAAAGGAAUUACAUCAGACUAACAGGCAGCUGAAGAUGGAAAGAGAAGUUCACCAACAGGAGUUGGCAGAUCUUAGAUCAGAGUUACAAAAUGUUAAAAUCAAACAUGAACGAAAUGUUCAAGAGCUCAUGAAACUCCUUAAACAAGAAAAGGAUGAUGCAGAGGCUCAGAUUAGAAUGCUAAAGAUGGAACUUGUAGAAGAGAAAAACUUAGUCAAGACUCAGUGUCGACAACUGGAGAAGAUAAAAAUGGAGUGUGAUAAAUUGACAGAAGAAUUAACCCAAAAUGAAGAGGAAAAUAUAAAACUCAGGCGGAAAUGUGAGUUUGUAAAACAAGAACUGGAGAAAAAGGAUAAACAGAUCAGCAAUGAAGAAGAUAAUUUGAGAAGGAUGGAUGAGGCCAGACUGCAGUUUAAGGAUCAGCUGUGUCACUUAGAAAUGGAACAGAAAUCCAUUCUCACCAUGAUAGGAAGUGAAAUUGAUGCUGCUUGUGAAAUUUUUUCUCGGGACUCCAUGGAGAAAUUCAAAGCAAUAUCACUUACACCAACGGUGCUGAAAGAUCCUCAUCGCUGGUUAGCAGAAACAAAGACUAAGCUUCAGUGGCUAUGCGAGGAGGUAAAGGAGAGAGAAAGUAAGGAAAAAAAGCUGCGACGCUACUUGCUGCAGAGCCAAGAACAGCUCAAGCACUUUACACAGAUAAAGGAGGCUGAACAUCAGUCUCUCUUUAAACAUAUGAAAAAGCAAGAAAAACUUUUGGAAGAAGUUCACAGAGAAAAAAGAGAGCUACUAGAGAAGACUCUCAGAAGAGAGGAAGAAAUUGGAGCUCUCCAGGAACGCAUUAUGGCCUUAGAAGUGAGUACUCGAGUAGCUUUAGACCAUCUGGAGUCUGUUCCUGAGAAACUGAGCCUGUUAGAAGAUUUCAAAGAUAUUGGAGAGUCCCAUUGCCGAAGGGAGAUGAUUGAGGAAAGGUAUACGAAGUAUAAAGAAAUAGUGAGUUCUCUACAGCAACAACUGGAAGAUUCAAAUCAAAAAGUCCAACAAUUCAAGCCAUCUUGUUCUUCUGAUGUGAAAAUGGAUGCUGAAAUUUCUGAUAUAGAAGUGGCUGCUCCCACUUCUAGUUGGCAAACUCAAAACAGCUUUUUGUCCAGCUCACCGCUCUCAGAUUCAGGUUCACAUAUGAAAAGAAUGGUUCCUUUUGAUACAAGUGCCACCAAGGAAGAUUCCAUUAAUGUUGCUGUCAGUGAAAUGAAGCUGCAAGCAGAAAGAGGGAAGCAGUAG